AUGUGUUUCCUCGCAAUCUUUGAAGAGGUGCAGCAUGAAAACCAGCUGGCACCAUUGCUCGAAGCCAGCAAACAGCAUCUCAAGCCGAAUAUGAAUCACCAUAUCCAAUUUAUAAUCGGGCGUCUUGCCAAGCUUCUCACUAGCAGUGGGAGUAUCCGAGUCCAGGACCUCUCAGACGAGAUCAAGAAUAUGAAUGCCGAGGUCAAUCGCGUCGGCAUGAGCCUUCCCGAGGAAUGGCAGUCAUCAAUUUUCCUUCACUGCCUCGGCCCAGAUUUCAGCAAUUUUAAGAGUGCUUAUCUCCCUGGAAAGACCGUGAAGCGUGUGCCUGGGGACACUUGGAGUCAAAUGGAAUUCUCGGAACUGUCCAUGGCAGCCUGGGAGACAGAACAACAGCUUGACCAGACCCGUGGUACAUCAUUCGUGUCGCAAGCGACCAUCCAAUCAACCGCACUUGUCGCGUCCCUCGCCCUCUGCGCAGAGGUGAGCGGAAUUGAAGAAACCAGCAAAAACAUUAAGAUUCAUUCCAUCGGAACAAAGUCUGCCACGGUCGAGAUUCCCUUUUGCACGAAUUGCAGCGCCCCGUGGCGCACUACAGAUAACUGCUUCAAGCUUCACUCGGAACUGAGGGCCCUACAGGAUCCAACAAGCGUCGUGGCCGCCAGAAGGAUUUGA